UUCUCCCAGCGUCUCUCCUUCAAGGCAGUUGACAAACGGCAGCUGAUUUUUUCCAACACUGUAUGAGAUACUCUUUGGGAUUUUAAAUCGUUAAUUUUGUUCAUUUAUUUGUUCAUUUAAGAACACUAAAGUGACAUUUAUUUAUACUUUGUUCCACUGACUUUAGAGGACGAGUUUUACCAAUGGCUAGCUUUCUGUUUUCACACUGGUGUUCCGGUAAAACAAGUGACCGUGUCAACUGAUGACUCAGCCGAUUGCGUUCCAUGGUUGUCGUAGUAACGAGAGCUUUUAAAGCCGGUAUUUUUUCUUUGAUGAAUACCUCUUUGUCUAUGAUAACAUCACGGUAUUCUAAUCAGAUAUGUGUUCGAUUAAAAACUAAAAUAGCAGAAAGCCCAGGACAGUUUUCAACGUUUGCUGAAACUACAACAACCAUUGACGCAUCCGGUUUGGGGUCGCUAGCAAACAUGGUAACUCCCUAUAUCAUAACACCAUGCCUGUUAACAAUAGCGCAGUGCUGUGACGGUUUUUAGCACAGCUUCAGGCUAAAAAUAACUAGCUUUUGAGUAACGUGACUAUUUUUUAAUUCAUACGCACACAACCAUCAGCUGCUGUAGUUUAGAUAAUCGUUAUAGCCGGAAAAUAGAGCAACUUUAUCUUCAAUGGUAGCUAAAGCUUUCCUCAACCAACCUCUAUAAGAUUUAUAACUCUACCAAUGUAACGGACGCCUAGCUACGCCCUGAUGAGGAGACAGUUUAUAAAAUUUGUUGUUAAAAUCAUUAAAAAAAAAAACAUAGAAAGGUGUCAAGGGGAUGUGGGUUUAUAGUUUAUGAGUAAGUUGUCUCGUGCUCAGAGGAGAUAAGGUGAUGUGUGACGUCAGGAUGGACCUGUCUAACCCUGAGGCUGGGACAGACUGUGGACAGGACGGACCAACACCUGAGCAGGUGAAAUCUCAGUGUGCUAAAGCUUCAGUACCUGAUCUGCCGGGUCUUCGUCCUCCUGGGCCCCCAUCCUCAGCCGACAUGAGCCCCUCACCUUCUGCUGAGGCCAGCGGCUUGUUGUCUCUACCAUGGGAGAUGCUAACCAACAUCGCCUCACACCUUCCUGCUCAGUGCGUCAUUGAUGUGCUGCCAAAGGUCUGUCAUGCUUUAGAGAGCGUGGGGAAGGACAGCACUGCUUGGCAGCUCCGAGCAGGCAGACUAAUCGGCUCUCGAGCUGGCUUCCCCGUGGGACCGAGGGAGGACUUCGACUGGCCGUCCGCCUGUGUGGAGAUGGAGCAGCUGAUAACCUGCUGGACAGGCCAAGCGUACCUUAAAGCCCGACAGGCUCAAGAGGAGGAGGUGGAGAGGGAGCGGAUGAGGCAGAUGCAGGAUGGCACUCUAAAUCCCCUGGAGGAGGGGGCCAGGCCCAGGAAUCAGGAAAACGGGGGGCCAUUAGAAAUGGACGGACAUGAACCACCCAGAAGUCCCAGCCCACCUCUGGCUCUGGAGUACAUGCCUCUACCUUCAGGACACAUUGCCCAGGUGAACUCGGUCCUCCUCAUGGGGGGAGACGGCUCCGUUUUGGCCACAGGCUCCAGGGACUGGAAUGUGAAACUGUGGGAUCUGCAGGCGGGAUCUGGGGCCAUACUGCGGCACACGUUAGGGGGUCAGGGUGACUUCAGCACCCAUCGGGGCUGGGUGUGGUGUCUCUCAUCUCUGAGUCAUCAGCUGGCCUCGGGGGGCUUCGACAGCACCGUGAGGCUGUGGGACCUGCAGGCAGGUGGAGCUAAGACGGGUCUGAUCAGGGCCGGGGCCGCCGUUCUCUGCCUGUCCUAUCAGAGUGAUGUACUGCUGGCUGGUAUGUUCGACAAGAGGGUCAACAUGUACGACCCCAGAGCUGCUCAACCCCUGGUGAAAAGCAUCCGUCUCCAUGGUCACGCUGUGAUGUGCCUGGCCGCUGAUGACAAGUACAUCAUCUCUGGGAGUAAAGACUGCACCAUAGCUGUCUUUGACCGUCGCGGAGGCAAAGACUUGAAGAGAAUUCAGCUGAGCUCCUACCUGCAGUCCAUGAGCUACAGAGACUGUGAAGUUUGGGCGGGAGACAACAGCGGCAUGAUCCACGCCUUCUCCAUGCAGGCAGGGACUUUAUGUCCCAUCUCCAAGUUCAAUGUUGGGCAUGCAGCGAUGAUUACUGGCAUCCACAGGUCAGCUGGGAGCCUCUACACCUGUUCAUCUGAUCGUACUGUCAAGGUUCAUAUCCCCUGUGCCCCUCCAAGGACGCUAUGCACACAUCUUCAUGAAGCUGGAGUCAAUGGGCUGAGUGUGGAGGCCGGAGUCUUCGCCGUAGCCUCGGGUCACUGUGUGGAGGUCUGGAGACCAAGAAAAUAAAAAAACUACGUGGUGAGACUCAAAGAAGAAGAGCUGGAGAGCAUAGACGGCUCUGCACGAUGCAUGGGCACAAAACUAUUAUAGAAGGUCCAAAAAUCUGACUUUUUUUACUCAGUCUGAUUCCAUUAAAAGAUUUUUUACAAUCAACACAAAUGUUUUUUUUUUCUGUAGUUUUUUUACUCUCGUUUUUAGUUCGGUCCACUUAUUCACCUCUAUGUGCCGCUGCUGAAGACUUCAGAAACACUGAGUUUGAAGAAAUUUGUCUUCUUUUAAUUAUUUUACAUCCAACAAAAUAAGACAUUUAACAAAUAACCGUUAAAAUGAGUGAGAUCAUACAAAAGCAUUAGCUACGUACUACAUAUGUGUAAAGACGUCUGAUUUCUCUGUGACAUACUGAUUGUAAAACUAUUUAUUUCAACACACUAAUGUUUAAAUGUAAUCUUCUGUGUUUGUCUGCGUGUGUUUGUGUGAGCGAGUGUUAGUUAAAAGAUGUGGAACCAUUUAAUGGCUCUGUUAAAUUUAAUUAUAAAUCAUUUGCACUAUACUUGAUGGAUGCAUGGCUGAAAAACCACAUUAAGCUGAGAAAGAGCGUCUGCUGGGUUGGCUGGAUGUUUACUGCAACAUUCAUCAGUCUUAAAGUUUAAAAACUGAACUGUUAAGAAACAUUAAAAC